UUUAAAUUUUCAGCAUUUUCAAUUCUUGAACAAUUCAUCUAAAUUCUUAUUAUUAGUAACCAUGGUAUCUAUUUUCAGGUGUAUAGGUAACACCACCAACUUAUUUAAUGAAUCUGUGAGCUGUGAAAGGGUAUAUUAGUUAUAAGAAAAUGAAGAGAAAAAACGGAAAAAUGGAACCGGAGAAUGCGGAACCCUUUGAAAAACAAGCGGAGAAGAGGCGACGUGUAAACGGAGCUGGGGACAGUAAACCCUCGUACCGUACUUGCAGCAAUAAGGGUUUAACUAUUGAAGAGAUGGUAGGGAUGGGAGUGGAUAUCAUUGAGGACGCAUCUAAUGAAUCCUUUGAUCAACCUCCACCUAAACCUGUCACAAUCAACCUGGUUCUUAAACCAAAAGAUCCAAAUAUUAGGAAGACAACGCAGUCAUGUUCAGAAUUAUGUGAGGGGGUGAAGUAUCCAAAUACCGGAUCCGGAUUCUCUGCCAGGAUUGGUUACUCUGGGUCCGGAUAUCCGUAUGAUAGGAUGAGCUCUGUUCUCGGAGACUGUUCUAUGCCUGAUAAGUUCCAUAAGUAUACAAAAAGUACACGGCGCAGUAUGGUAUGUGGAGAAGAUUCCUUUAAUAAGAUGUCGGAUGAGGUCGUCCUCCAUGUUUUUAGAUGGUUACCUAAAUGUAGUUUGGCCAGAUGUGCACUAGUUUGUAAACGUUGGAAUAGACUGAGUAAAGAUGACUCUCUCUGGAAGAGAGUUGAUUUAGGUUUAAAAACAAUCCAUCCCGGAGUUAUAGGACAGGUUCUCUCCCAAGGAACUCAGGUUCUUCGCUUGGCCAGAGCCAAUAUCUCUGCUCCGAUCUUCCAGUCACCGUUCCUACCGGAGCCGAGCCUGCGUCCUGGUGAGCUGUGUAAGCUGCAGUACCUAGAUCUCAGUAUGGCAACUAUCAAAUCAACUUGUUUAGCGGAACUCCUCGACAAGUGUAAAAAUUUAAGAAAACUUGCUCUGGAGAAGUGUGAUAUCUCUGAGAGUGUGUGCUGUAAUAUUGGAAACAAUCCUAAACUAGAAGUUCUUAAUCUUGCAAUGUGUGAGGGGUUAACAGAGGACGGAGUAGGUUCAAUAAUGGCAGGAUGUAAAAACAUGACCGAGUUAAACAUCAGCUGGACAGAUCUCAGUACUCCAGGGUUGGAUAUACUCUGCAGCACUGCUCCCAGGGGACUAGAGCGCAUCUGUCUAGCAGGGUACAGAGAUACACUUCAGGAUGCCCACGUGGAAAGUUUAGUGGUGAGGUGUAGAAAUCUCCGCGAGUUUGAUAUCUCCGAUGCUACCAAGAUCACCUCAAAAUCUUUAAUUUCUAUCAUAGAAAAUCUAGUCCGUAUUGAAAGCCUUUCCACCACAAGAUGUUACAAUAUAACUCCGUCCCAAUACCUUCUCCUGAUAAACUGUCCAGCUCUUCUUUAUCUCAAUGUGUAUGGAUUACUGAAGGAGACGGCACUGACAGAACUCAAGGAAAGGUUGAGUGGGAUAGAAAUCAACAAACAUCCGCUCACCAGCAUAGCGCGUCCAACAAUAGGAAUAAAACGGACUUCAAUAUGGAACCUCCGUGUUCGGGACUAACUGGACUCUCAGCUAAUUCAUCUCAGUCUAAAUUCAUCCUAAAGACAAUCAAGAGUUCAGAAUUCAAUCUGGAGAUAAUCUACGGUUCAUGAUUCAGUCAAGAGAUAGUUAAGAACUAAAAUUCACCAUGAAGACAAUCUAGUCUUCGGACUUCCAUCUGGAGAAAAUCGAUGAUUUUAUGAUUCAAUCUGGAGAUAACCUAGAAUUCAAUUCAAUCUUGGGAUUAUCUAGCGAAGACUAUGUAGACUGUAGAAUAAAUCUGGAGAUAAUUGAAGGAAAAAAUUGAAUGAAAACAAAACUUGAUUGUUUCCAGAUUUUUAAAUGAUUUGAAAAUCUCGAUGAAGUCUAUAAUUCAAUCGACAGAAAAUAUCAAAUAAAAUUAAAUCUGGAAAUGAAAAGUUUCUCUGUUUAAAUUUGGAGAUUAAGAACUUGACUCUUCGACCUUUUUGAUUAAACAAAAAUACAUGAUAUUCCCAGUAGGUGAUUAAAAUGCUUUCAUUAAAAAAUUAAUUCGAUGAUCGUUCUUAAACGAGUUAUUUUUUCAAAAAUAAAAAUUCAAAUUGUA